GAGCCCGUGAUCUCCCUCCCCUCGAGUCCCUGCACUCCAGUAGGAGGGUCACCCCCUUCCAGGAGCUCCAUUGACCCUCGGAUGGUAGUCAGUGGAAGAAUCGAUGGUAUUAACUGCUAGUUCGGCCGACUCUCCUCGCCCGGCGUCUCCUUCGGCUGUUAGAGAGCUUGCUAGACACAGAACAGUGGCUUGGCAGUCAUCUGCUCGGCCUUCUGAGGUUGACAGGAUCGGUGUGCUACCCUAAGGCCUGAUCGCGAUCCAGGAGAAGGGUGCGUGGGGUCGCGGCCGGCUGACUCAGUAGCACACCCGGAGGAAGAGGCCGGGCGGUAAACAGGAAGUGGGCGCAGGCAGUGUCUAGACCGCAGCUAUCCAACCAAAGUAUCAGCUUUGCUUCUCAGAAGUGUAGUCUGGAGCCCUGCACAGACAGCUUCUCAGGUUCUCCCUGAGACCCCCAGUUUUUAUGUCUCUUCUGCCUGUAGAGCACAUCUCGAGAAAAUGACCCAUUGGUUUCAUAGGAACCCAUUAAAAGCCACAGCUCCCGUGUCUUUUAACUACUAUGGCAUGAUCACUGGUCCCCUUGCCUCAAAGAUUUGCAAUGAUUUGAGAUCAUCCAGGACUCGGCUCCUUGAAUUGUUCACUGAUUUGAGCUGUAAUCCGGAAAUGAUGAAGAAUGCAGCAGACUUAUAUUUCUCACUUUUACAAGGUUUCAUAAAUUCACCAGGUGACUCUACCCAAGAAAGCAAAUUACGAUAUGUUCAGAGUUUCAAGUGGACUGAUACAUUGCAAGGACAUGUUCCGAGUGCCCAGCAGGAUGCUGUUUUUGAAUUGAUUUCCAUGGGAUUUAACGUAGCAUUGUGGUAUACCAAAUAUGCUUCAAGAUUGGCGGGAAAAGAAAACAUAACAGAAGAUGAAGCAAAAGACGUCCAUCGAAGCCUAAAAAUUGCAGCUGGGAUUUUUAAACAUUUAAAGGAAAGUCAUAUACCCAAACUUCUUACACAAGCAGAAAAGGGACAGGACUUAGAGGCUCGGCUCAUAGAUGCUUACAUCAUCCAGUGCCAGGCUGAGGCUCAAGAAGUAACAAUUGCCCGAGCAAUUGAGUUGAAGCAUGCUCCAGGACUGAUCGCUGCACUUGCCUAUGAAACGGCCAGCUUCUACCAGAAAGCAGAUCAUACUUUAUCCAGUUUGGAGCCUGCAUACUCCGCUAAAUGGAGGAAAUACCUGCACUUGAAGAUGUGCUUCUACACGGCCUAUGCAUAUUGUUACCAUGGCCAGACUCUGUUGGCUAGUGAUAAAUGUGGAGAAGCAAUCAGGGCUCUCCAAGAAGCAGAAAAACUGUACGCGGAGGCCGAAGCCCUGUGCAAAGAGUACGGGGAAACCAAGGGACCGGGACCCACAGCCAAGCCCUCGGGUCACCUGUUCUUUCGGAAGCUUGGAAGCCUUGUGAAGAACACCCUGGACAAAUGUCAGCGAGAAAACGGGUUCAUUUACUUUCAAAAAAUCCCAACAGAAGCCCCACAGCUGGAACUCAAAGCAAACUACGGGCUGGUGGAGCCUGUGCCUUUCGAAUUUCCUCCUCUGAGUGCUCACUGGACGCCGGAAGCGCUGGCCGCAUUUGAUCUCACCAAGAGACCCAAGGAUGACAGUGUCAAACCCAAACCAGAAGAAGAAGUGAAACCUGUAAAAGAACCAGAUAUCAAACCUCAAAAGGACACUGGGUGUUCUGUCUCUUAAGAAUGUAACACUUGCUUAGAAAUCUUGCUGCCAGUUCAUAGGGGACUUUUUCUGAUUUCUCUGAAGCCCAUAGGGUAAUUAUUAACCUCAGAGGGACUUGGCCUUUUGUUUAUUUAUUCUUGAUUUUUAACAUAGAGGUGUUUCAUGC